GGAAUAGUUUUUCCACUGUUACACUUACAGUUCAUUUAUUCCAAAAGUAAAGCCUACAAAAGGACCUAAGAAAUUUUCUUUUCUGCACCAACAAAACCAAUACUAUCUCUUCUUUUACUCACUUAAAAAUUUCCUUCUUUUUCAUCUCUUCCAUAGUUUCUUGAAUUCUUGUUUUUGGGAUUUCAACUUCUAUUUCAGCUUCUAUGUCUAUACCAUUAGAACAUGAUUAUAUAGGUUUAUCAGAAGCUUCUUUAAUGGAGAGAAAUUCUGAUAAAAAUAGUGAUGUUCUUAACCUUAAGGAGACUGAGUUAAGACUUGGGUUACCGGGUACCGAGGAAACAAAUACGGGUCUUAACCCUUCAAACAAUUUAAUAUCAAGAACCAAAAGGGGUUUUUCUGAUGCCAUUGAUGCUUCUGGAAAAUGGGAUUUGUCCAUUAAUUGUAGAUCAGAAACUGAUUGGAGAAAAGAAGACUUGUUAUUUUCCGCUAAAGGAAGUAAUGGAAGCUCAAAACCAACUCCAGCAAAUGAAAAUAGUGCUCCUCAGACUUCAAAGGCACAAGUAGUAGGAUGGCCACCAAUUAGAUCAUUUCGCAAAAAUACACUGGCCACCAAAAAGAAUGAUGUUGAAGGAAAAUCAGGUUCAAGUUGCCUAUAUGUUAAAGUUAGAAUGGAUGGUGCUCCAUAUUUGAGAAAGGUUGAUAUCAAAACUUACAGCAACUAUGGGGAGCUCUCAUCAGCACUUGAAAAGAUGUUCAGCUGCUUUAGUAUUGGGCAGUGCGGCAGUGAUAGACUUCCAGGGCAGGAGGAACUUAGUGAAAGUCACUUGAUGGAUCUUCUCAAUGGUUCCGAGUAUGUGCUCACUUAUGAAGACAAAGAUGGUGACUGGAUGCUUGUUGGCGACGUUCCAUGGGAGAUGUUCAUAGACUCAUGCAAGAGAUUGCGGAUCAUGAAAAGCUCGGAGGCAAUUGGGCUAGCUCCAAGGGCCAAAAACAAGUGUAAGAACAAAAACUAGUGACUGAAAGAUUAACCAUCCAAUUGUUUCUACCUAUGGUUAUCCUUUUUUUGCUCUCUUUUGUAUCUGUAAUUAGAAUAGAUGUGUAGCAUUCCCUGAAAGGAAGCACUGGUUUAAGAAGAUAUAACCGGUGAUAUCCUAGAUUUUUCUUCUGUAUUCCCUACGGAAACUGUUAGUGCUUGUUACUUGCAAUACUGUCUCGUAUCUCACCCCUCAAAUGGACCUUCAACUUUCCGUUUGACAUAAGAAAUAAGUUUGUAGAUCA